AUGACCUUUGAUACUGAGAAUGAGGUGCGAGAGUACUACAACAACUACGCUAAAGCAAAGGGCUUUGGUGUGACAAGAAGAAGCUCAAACAAUGAUGAUAAUGGACAGCUGAAGUAUCUUACACUUUCGUGCUCUCGGCAUGGUAAGACUCAGUCCAGAUCAAGAAAUAUGUUGAAACCAAAUCCAACAACCGGGUUAGGAUGUAAAGCUAAAAUCAAUAUUACCCGUGGUCCUGAUGGGAAGUUUCAUCUUUCAACUGUCAUUUUAGAUCAUAAUCAUACAUUAAGUCCACACAAGUCUCGGUUAUUCAGAUGCAACCAAAAGUUAGACUUCCAUGUGAAGCGAAGGCUUGAGCUGAAUGACCGGGCUGGAAUUCGAGUAAACAAGAAUUUCAAUUCUUUUGUUGUGGAAGCAAAUGGUCAUGAGAACCUAACUUUUGGUGAGAAGAAUGCUCGCAAUUUUCUAGAGAAAACAAGAAGGUUGAAACUUGGCAGAGGUGAUGCUGAAGCAGUUAGUGAUUAUUUUGUCAAGAUGCAAUCUGACAACCCAAUUUUUUUCAGUGUCAUGGACCUUGAUGAUGAAUCUCGACUAAGGAAUGUCUUUUGGGCUGAUGCAAGAAGUAGAGCAGUGUAUGACUCUUUUCAUGACGUCGUUAGUUUUGACACAACAUAUUUGACGAACAAAUAUGAUAUGCCUUUUGCUUGUUUUGUCGGAGUGAAUCAUCAUGGACAAUCAGUUUUGCUUGGAUGUGCUCUAUUAUCAAAUGAAGAUACUGAAACAUUUGUUUGGUUAUUUCAAGCAUGGCUCACAUGUAUUGAGGAAGAGUUUGAAGUUAAGUGUUCAUGUCGCCACUUUGAGUUCAGGGGGAUUCUCUGUAGGCAUGUGUUAUAUGUGCUCACUCACAAGAAAAUCAAGGAGGUUCCUCCAUAA